UAAAUAUAAAAAGGUAUAAAAAGGUUUGCAUUAUUGAAUGCAGUAACUACAGUGUCGCACUUUGUUAUCACGUACGGUUCGCAGCCCUUGGCGAGCUCCGAGGCGCGGGCACGCACAUAUACACAAGAUAAAACGACAAAAAGAUCCAGAAUAAAAGUUAAUACGAUUCUUCUACGACAAGAUAAUGGCUGCUCAGUUAGAAAGUGUCAACAGUCCCAUGACGCGGGAGUCUGUGAUUGAAAAUGAAAUACCGUAUUCCGAUAGUGACAUUGUCAUUACGGGGAUAUCAGGCCGUCUGCCCGAGUCAACUAAUAUCGAUGAAUUUAAAAACAAUUUAAUGAACAAAAUAGAUAUGGUGACAGACGACGAGCGGCGUUGGACAAGAGGACUUUAUGGGCUUCCAGCCAGAUCUGCCAAGAUAAAAGACCUCAGCCACUUUGAUGCCACUUUUUUUGGAAUACAUUCCAAACAGGCACAUGCAAUGGACCCACAGCUUCGUUUAAUGUUAGAAUCAACCUAUGAAGCCAUAAUUGACGCUGGUAUUAAUCCUACGACCGCGAGAGGAUCGCGUACCGGUGUAUUCGUCGGUAUCUCUACCUCGGAUUCGGAUGAAUUUUGGUUGAGAAAUCCAGAAAUCAUAAAUGGAUACAAUCUGCUCGGCAAUUCCAGAUCUAUGUUCGCCAACAGAAUUUCCUAUGCAUUUGACUUUAUUGGUCCUAGUUACGCAUUAGAUACAGCUUGUUCCUCCUCCUUGUAUGCCACACAUCAAGCUGUAAGCGCAAUACGUGCCGGCGAAUGCGAUGCUGCAAUCGUCGGUGGACUGAAUCUCGUGUUAAGACCGAAUGUCUCACUGCAGGGUAUAAAAUUAAAUACUCUAUCCCAGGAUGGCAAAUGCAAAACAUUUGACAUUUUGGCUGACGGUUACGUGAGGGCUGAGGCGGUGGUGGCAAUAUAUUUGCAGAAAGCAAAGGAUGCGCGUCGAGUGUACGCGACAGUAAUUCGGACAAAGACAAAUACAGACGGAUACAAAGCCGAGGGUAUUAUGUAUCCCAAUGGUGAAAAACAGUAUGAAUUGAUGCAUGAUAUUUAUACCGAGGCAGGAAUUAAUCCCGCGGAUAUAAGUUACGUGGAGGCUCAUGGAACCGGUACUAAAGUAGGAGAUAGGGUAGAAGUAACUUCGAUUGACAAACUGUUCUGCAAAGAUCGGAAGACUCCCUUACUAAUAGGCUCGGUUAAAUCCAACAUGGGUCACUCGGAACCGGCUAGUGGAUUAUGCUCGAUCGCCAAGGUAUUAAUUGCGAUGGAAGCAGGAGUGAUACCGGCCAAUUUGCACUUUAAUACACCGAAUCCAGAUAUUCCUGCCUUAAAGGAAGGACGCAUUAGAGUGGUCGACAAGGCCACACCGUGGAACGGUGGUCUUGUGAGCAUUAAUUCGUUUGGCUUCGGUGGCACAAACGCACACAUUAUCCUCAUGAGCAAUCCAAAAAGCAAAUCAAAACCGUUAUCGCCAUUGAACAUCACCGAAUUAUUGCCAAAGUUGGUUGCUGUAUCAGGUCGAACAAAAGAAGAUGUGCACACUUUAUUAAAUAAUGCGCAAGAGCAUCGUAAUGACGAUGAGUUUCUCUCAUUAUUACAAAUAAUUCACAAUAAUGCUAUUUCCGGCCAUGACUUCCGCGGCUACGAAAUUCUUAACAUCGAUGGUACACGUGAAGUGACUGAGAUAACGAGCUCUAAAGAGAGGCGUCCAAUUUGGUUUGUAUUUUCCAGUAUGGGCACGCAAUGGGCGGGCAUGGGACAAAAAUUGUUCGGCAUUGAAAUUUUUCAACGUAGUUUGCGACGAUGCGCGGACGCGUUGGCACCUCAUGGCAUCGAUCUCAUGACUAUUAUUAUGAACGCCACUGACGAAAUGAUCGAAGAAGUAAUAAAUUCUUUUGUGACUAUCACGGCUAUGCAGGUCGCUCUUGUAGAUGUUCUAACGUCGAUAGGUAUAUCGCCGGAUGGUAUAGUUGGACAUUCCACUGGAGAACUAGCAUGUGCAUAUGCUGACGGUGCGUUUACAUUAGAACAAACCAUCUUAGCGGCUUACUUUAGAGGUAAGGCAAUUGUGGAGUCCAAGUUGGAAUCGGGCGUUAUGGCGGUAGUUGGUUUCAGUUGGGAAGAGGCCAGAAAAAUAUGCCCACCAAAUAUCAUUCCAGCUUGUCACAACUCUAAGGACUUAGUCACAAUUUCCGGUCCGACUGAGUCCAUGCAAAAAUUUAUAGAAACUCUAAAGAGCAAAGAUAUCUUUGUCAAGACGGUGAAAAGUCCCGGUUUUGCAUUUCACACCAAAUAUAUCGCCUCGGCUGGGCCUAAGCUACGUGAUUCUCUUGACAAUGUAAUUCCGAAUCCGAAACACAGGUCAGCCAGAUGGAUUUCUAGUUCUAUCCCUGAGUCUGCAUGGGACAGUCCGCUCGCACAGACUAGCUCGUCUGCGUAUCACGUGAAUAAUUUACUUUCUCCUGUACUAUUCCAAGAAGCGAUUGUGUACAUUCCGGAGAACGCAAUAACAAUUGAAAUUGCGCCUGACUGUUUGCUACAAACAAUUUUGCGCAGAUCAUUACCACCAACGGUAACUUAUAUUGGUCUUCACAAACGGGAUCAUUCGGACAACUUGGUCUUUCUACUGUCUAAUGUGGGUAAAUUGUAUAAUGCUGGUGCGCAACCUGAUAUCUCAAAAUUAUAUCCGCCGAUAAGUUUUCCGGUCAGUAGAGGAACACCGAUGAUCGGGCCUCUGGUCAAGUGGGACCAUUCCACCGCGUGGGAUGUGCCUAAUUUCAAUCAGACAUCAAGCCACUUGGGAAAGCAUGUAGUCGAAAUAAAUAUAUCAAAAGAAACAGAUGCAUAUCUAGCUGGACAUCAGAUAGAUGGACGAAUACUUUUUCCAGCUUCUGGCUAUAUUCUGUUAGUAUGGAAAACUUUGGCGGAACUGCGUGGCAUCAAUUUUGAAAGAUUGCCGGUGGAAUUCCAGGACGUGCGCUUUCAGAGAGCCACUCUUAUGUCGAAGGAGGUAACGGUGAAGUUUUCGAUAACCAUUUUCGAGGGAACGGGCGACUUUGAAAUCUGUGAGGCCGGUACAAUCGUCGCCAGCGGAAACGUCUAUGUGUCCGAGGCUAUCGCAAAAGAUCAACUGGAGCUGUUGCCACCAUCAAUAACGCCUAUCGACGACGAGAUUUUGCCAUUGACCUCUGAAGAUAUUUAUAAGGAAUUGAGAUUGCGCGGGUACGAGUACUGUAAUAUCUUUCAAGGAAUCAAAUCUUGCGAUAAUUACGUCAUUACCGGUCAAUUGCACUGGUUCAAUCAGUGGAUUCCGUACAUAGAUACUAUGCUUCAGUUUAGCAUUAUGUCUACUAAACAUAGACUAAUGUAUUUACCGAAGCGUAUCAAAUACGUUGCGAUCAAUCCCAUCCUUCAUAAACGACUGGUAGAAAAAUUAUCUGAAGAUGGUGGAUUACCGGUGUAUCACUAUAAGGACGUCGAAGUUAUUAAAUCGGGUGGAAUCGAGCUCAGAGGACUGAAUCUUUCUUUGGCACCUAAACGACAACACACUCAAGCUAAUCUUAAAUAUAAGCGAUACACUUUUGUGCCUUACGAAAAUGAGCAUAGUCUAGACGAUCUAAAACGAGGAAAAAUACACGCACUCACUGUCCUUUUGCAAAUAAUGUGUGAAAACAUGAUGACAUUGAAACUGAAAACCGUGGAAGUUGCCGGUAAACGGGUUGUGGAAGAUCUUUUGGCGCCGAUUAUACUCGAUAUUUUCAACAAUGAACUGAUAUCGCCUAUUAUUGAUUUACAAGUAAUAGCAGCUCCUGUCCACAAUUACAUAAAAGAUUUAGAUCAAAUGAAAGUCAAUGCUAACGUCGUCAUGCGAGACGUGAAAAACGUACCGUCUGCUCAAGAUGUGCACUUUGUCAUAGCGGCAGAUGUUCUGUCGAAUAAGUCUUACGUCAUUCUCAAAAAUUUGGUGGCUGCUUUAAAACCUGGUUGUUUUAUUCUUUUGGAAGAAAAUGCUGUGCACUUGGAUUUGAAGACUGCGUUGGAAGAAAAUGAUCUAUCGUUGGCUGGGAAACAAACCGAUCCGGUAGGAAAAACUUACUUCUUGCUGAAGAAACGGGAAAAAGAGAGAGAACCUGUGUUAAUACAAAUCACAGACAAAAAUCUCUCGUGGCUGGAGGAUGUAAAAACAGCUCUGAAGAAAUCUUAUAACAAAAAUCAAGAAGUGCUCUGUGUAUCUCAGGACGAAGAAACGCUUGGUUUAAUCGGACUUAUGACGUGCAUACAAUGUGAAACAGGCAAUACAAAUGCGCGUUACGUUUUUAUCCAGGACAAGAAUGCUCCCAAGUUUGACUUAUCCGAGAAGUUUUACGCAGAACAGUUAAACAAAGGAUUGACUGCCAAUGUGCUGAAAGGAGGACAAUGGGGCAGUUAUCGACACGUACCUUUGGAUGUAUCCUGUUUACAGGUGCAUCAUGUAUAUGCCAAUACGUUGAAAAUAGGUGACCUCAGCAGCUUGAAAUGGAUUAAAAGCCCAUUAAGUUUCUACCGCAAUUUUCUUAAUAAGAAACUUUGUUACGUAUACUAUGCUCCAAUAAACGUCAGAGAUAUUACGUUGGCGACUGGCAAACUACUACCAGACGUCUUGCCACGGAAUGUAGCUACGAAAGAGUGCGUAUUGGGAUUUGAAUUCUCCGGGAGAGACGUUGACGGUCGUCGCGUGAUGGGCAUAGUUAAAGCUAAAGGAUUAGCGACCACAGUAGUAGCGGAUUGUGAUUUUCUUUGGGAUGUACCUGACAGUUGGACUUUGGAAGAAGCGGCAACAGUACCUUUUGCUUACGCUACUAGUUACUAUGCUCUAUUUAUACGGGGUCGGUUAAAAGCAGGCGAAAGCGUAUUAAUCCAUGCUGCUAAUUGCGGUGUCGGUGAAGCAGCGAUUGCCAUUGCGUUGCAUGCUGGUUGUAUAGUCUUCACUACUGUCGAUUCGCUGGAGAAGAGAGACUAUCUCAAGAAAGUCUUCCCGCAAUUAAACGACAGGCACAUCGGCAAUUUUAAAGAUACGAGUUUCGAACAGCUGAUUCAUAUUGAGACACAAGGACGUGGAGUCGACGUUGUAAUGAAUUUAUUGGCAGAGGAGAAAUUACAAGCUGGCAUUCGGUGCCUUGCGUGUUAUGGUCGUUUCCUUGAAGUCGGCAAGUAUGAUUUGUCGAAUAACACCCGUAAAGGAAUGUUAAUGUUUUCGAACAAUAUGUCUUUCCAUGGUAUAUUGUUGGAUACGUUAUUUGGAGAAGACGUGGGAGAAAAGGACAAAGUGAUAAAGAAGAAACUAGUAAAACUUGUUUCAGAAGGUAUCAAGAAUGGCGCGGUACGUCCGCUCCAAUCAAUUGUCUUUUUAGAACAACAACUCGAGCAGGGUUUCAGAUUCAUGGCGACGGGCAAGCAUUUUGGCAAAGUACUACUGAAAAUCCGUGAUGAGGAACCUAAGAAGCUCAUACUACCAACGCCAAAGACAGUAGCAGCGAUUCCGCGUACUUACAUGAAUCCGGAGAAAUCAUACGUCUUGGUCGGCGGUCUCGGCGGAUUCGGUCUAGAACUGGCCGACUGGAUGAUCAGCCGUGGUGCUAAAUUCAUCGUUCUCGUAUCACGGUCAGGCAUACGCACCGGUUAUCAGGCAUUUUGUGUGCGCUGCUGGCGCGAAAACGGCGUAAAAAUCAUUAUUUUCACAGAAGAUGUUACGACAUCAUCAGGUGCCCAACGCUUGAUUCAAGAAAGCAACCGCUUGGCUCCGGUAGGUGGUGUAUUUAAUCUGGCAGCCGUAAUACGUGACGCUCUAUUCGAAAACCUGGAAGAAGCCGAUUUCAAAGCGGUUAUUUCACCAAAAGUCAACAUUACAAGAAAUUUAGACGCGAUAUCGAGAAAGUUCUGCCCGUCGCUAGAUUAUUUUGUGGUGUUUUCAUCUUUGUCAGGAAGUCGCGGUAACAUUGGUCAAACCAACUACGGUUUCGCAAACUCAGCCAUGGAGAGAAUAAUAGAAAACAGACAGGCUAAUGGUUUACCUGGUCUUGCUAUUCAAUGGGGUGCCAUCGGAGACGUUGGCUUAGUUUUUGAAAUGAUGGGAGGUAACGACGCCAAGGUGUUCGGUACUAUACCACAACGUAUAUCGAGUUGUCUCGCAACGAUGGAUAUAUUUCUUCAACAACCGCAUCCAGUACUGGCUUCUUCAGUAUUAGCUGAAAAAUAUAAACCCGACGAUGGCAACAAGGUCGAUCUUGUCGCAACUAUUGUCAAUGUUUUAGGCAUCAAAGACGUUAUUUCGAUUAAUCCCAAUAUUACUUUAACCGACUUAGGUAUGGAUUCGCUAAUGGGCACAGAGAUAAAACAGACUCUUGAGGAGAAUUAUGACAUCGUAUUAUCAGCGCAAGAGAUCCGUGCUUUAACCGUUACAAAACUGCGAGAAUUAUCUUCAACAGAUUGCGCAUAAGCUUUGCUUGAUAUAACAAAAAUAUGAAAACUAAAUAUUAUACUGUAAAGCUAUACAUUAUAUUGUAAAACUAUACAUUUUGACUAGUUUAUUCUUACAAAUUAAAAAAUAAAAAAAAAAUAAUAUAAUUCAAAUUGCGGGCGUGGUAGUGAUAUGUUCAAAUAUUUGUAACUUUUGAACAAAUCAAUAAAAUUUAAAAAACCUGUUUUGGGAAACAGGGUUUAAUAUUUAUAUUUUAAUAAGAAAGAAAUGCCAGCAAAUUUUUUUUAAUUUAAUUGUUUUAGCUUGGGAUAUGAAGUCUUACAAUUUUGAACUUAUAAGUAUAAGCGUUCGUAACAAAAAAAAAGCUGACAUUUGACUCCAAAGAUUUAUCUUUAUUAUUCAUAAUCUACAAUCUCGUAUUGUCCUCACUAUUAUCUUCUCCUAAAUAUGUAUGAUUUCGAGAUCGAAGGUUAUCACUUUUUGACAGAAUGAUAUGCCAUUUUUUCAAGAUAAUACUAACAAUUAGUUUUAUAAUAAUUUUCUAGAUAAAUUUAGAAAAAUUUAUAUGUUUCUCGAAAUUGUGUGCCGCAUUUUUGCAGAACUUAUGCCUAUUUCUACUAACACAGAUUAACUUUAAUCUCACAAUUAGUUUAACUUACUCUUUAUCUUUCUUUAAUUCUAAGAAUUGAAAAAAGGUAAAGAAUUAGUUAAACUAAGAUUAAAAUUAAAUUACGUUUAACUUAGAGGAGUUUAGGGAGUUGUGAGCCAUGGGGAAUUGUGAGCCAGCAAUCAAAGUCGGCCAUAAAUAAAAUUUUAAUAUGUUUUAA